ACCUGUAUAAAUACGCCCUGACACGCAGCCUCUCCAAUUCUAGUAUAUGUCUGCCAUAUGAAGGGAGCAGCGCAGUGACAUCGAAGCACAACAGGACCUGCGGUUGCAGUAUUUGAAACAUACAAUUCACAAUUCUCACCCUCUUUUUCAGUUAAAAUGAAUCUGUCAGAUGCUCUGGGUGGUGGACCGGGCUGUCCAGGCCAGAACAACCAGCAGGGUGGUGAGGGCGUGUGGCCUGGUGGACAACCCAACCAACCAACAUGGCCAGGACAGCCUGGUGUUCAACCGGCUUGGCCUGGUCAGCAGCAACCAGGCCAGCCCACCCCCAUGUGGCCUGGACAACAACCAAACCCUUCCCAACCCUCAUGGCCGGGGCAACAAUAUGGAGGUGGAGUACAGCCCAGCCAGCCAACCUGUCCCGGACAACCAGGGGGAGGACCGCCCAGCCAGCCAACAUGGCCAGGGCAGCCUAGCCAACCUACUGCUCCUCAACAUCAUUCACUGAAAGUGCCAUAUGUUCAGAACCUGCCAAACGGAUGCUAUGACGAGAUGGUCAUCACCAUUAUCGGGACAAUUAACCACAAUGCCAAAAUGUUCACAUUGAACCUGACCAAAGGGAAUGACAUUGCCAUGCACAUUAACCCUCGCUUUGAUGACCAUGGCAAGAAAAUUAUUGUGAGGAACAGUCUGAUUGGCAAUAAAUGGGGCAAAGAGGAGAGAGGACACACCCACUUCCCCUUCACUCAGGGCCAGCCCUUUGAGAUGAAAAUCAUGUGCACUAUCAAUGAGUUCAGGGUGGCAGUGAAUAGCUCGCACCUCCUGGAGUUCAAACACCGCAUCCGUGACCUCGACUCAAUCAAACACCUGGGUAUCUACAAUGACGUCACCCUCACGUCUGUGGAGAUCAAUGACUUUAUCUAGCAGGUUUGGUUCCAGCCAUAGAAAUACAGUGCCUUGCGAAAGUAUUCGGCCCCCUUGAACUUUGCGACCUUUUGCCACAUUUCAGGCUUCAAACAUAAAGAUAUAAAACUGUAU